AUGACUUAUUUUCAGGAGCAGUGACAAACAGCGCAUUCCUCUGGCACAGGAUGAAGACCAGCUCAGCUCCUCAGCCCUCGAUCAUUGUCUAUUGUUCUCCAAAUAGUAAACCAGUAUUUCACACCAGAUUGUUCUGGGCUGCAGUUGUAGUCCAAGUCCUGGCUCCUCAUAAAUAUGAAGUGAAGCUUUCUGACCCAGAAAGUGACAGGUAAUUAAAGAAAAAAAAAAGAAAGACAAAGACAGGUACGAAGAAGAACCCCGGCGUAUGUGGCUGUCUCCUGGACUCUGCAGGCUGUGAGCAGGCCGCAAUGGGGUCUCGGAAGUGUGGCGGCUGCCUGAGCUGUCUGCUGAUUCCACUGGCACUUUGGAGCAUCAUUGUGAACAUAUUAUUGUAUCUCCCCAACGGGCAAGUUUCCUAUGCAGCCAGCAAUAAGCUCACCAACUACGUGUGGUAUUUUGAAGGAAUCUGUUUCUCAGGUGUCAUGAUGCUUAUAGUAGCAGCAGUUCUUCUGGUCCUGGACAAUGAUAGCAACUACAAAUGUUGCCAGAGUGAAAACUGCGGAAAAAAGUACAUGGCCAUGUUGUCGGUUCUCUUUUCCGCCCUGGGAACUGCCUUCUCUGGAUACUGCCUGGUCAUAUCGGCGCUGGCUCUCCUCCAGGGCCCGUACUGCCGCACUCUCCGUGGCUGGGAAUACGCCUUUGAAGACACUGCAGGACGUUUCCUGACAGAUUCCAGCCUGUGGACCCAGUGCCUGGAGCCUGCGCGUGUGGUGGAGUGGAACGUGAUUCUGUUUUCCGUUCUCAUAGCCCUCAGUGGGCUGCAGGUGAUCGUCUGCCUGGUCAGAGUGGCCAUGCAGCUUUCCAAGAUCCUGUGUGGCACCUACUCGGUCAUCAUCCAGCCUGGAAUCAUUUGAACAUGGACAAGAGUGUUUCUGUUGCUAAGAUACAGCAGCCAACCUAAACCUCAGAUCCACCGAUACCUUGAGGGUGACCCUGGAUGAGGGUAUUUCCUGCCCUUGGUGUUCAUUGUGCCUAUUUGUGAAAUUUACAGUCAUUGCUGGAAGUGCCAAUCAGGCCACCUUUGAACUUUUUUCAAACCAAUGUGUCAGGAACUUCACAAGUAUGUAUAGUUACGCCCUUCAACCAAAAAGUCCAUUUCUAAGAAACUGUACUAUGGAAACAAAUAAGAAUGUAAGAGAAAAUUCUAUGCAAAUGUGCAUAUUGCAACAUGGCUUAAUAUUCUGGAAUAUUAGAAAUGCCCAAAAAGUCUUCCCCUGAAGAAUCAGAGUGGUACAUUAAGUGUAAAAUUAUAUGCUAAUUAUGAAUGAUGUUUUAGAGGUUAGGAAUAAUGCUAUAUAGAAGAGACAGGUUACAAAUUUCUGUUUACAGCAUUAGCAUAACUAUUUAAAACAAACCACCAAAUAAUCAAAGUUUAGGAUAAACACUAAAUCUAGUAGGAAACAACAAAAUAUCAACUGUGAUUGAUUUGGGUCAGAGAUGAUCUUUCUUCCUACUUUUCCAUGCUUUUGAAGUUUUCUUUAUUAAAUGUGUUUUACUAUAGAUUUUUAAUGACUCAUAUUUUUACUAUUAAAUUUCUCUUUUUCUUCAACCUUUAAAAGUACAUGCUUUCUUCAAAUAUUUCCCAACAAUAGUAUCUGUAAAAAUC